AUGAUCUUCUAUGACUGUGGAGAAAAGGUAGUUGAGCAACAAGGUCAGGUCAAGCGUAUAAAUGAGGAGAGGGGUCGAGAUUACCUUCAUUCCAGGGUGGAUGUCCUCAACAUGAAGCAAAGGUUUGAUCAUGUUGAGAAGCAGAUUAAAUCAAUUGCUUUGUUGGUUGUGGGUAUCAUCGUCGUCAUGUUCCUAGUCAUGAUUUUCAUCAUUCACUUGAUACUCAACAGGUGGUGGUACUUCAGUGGUGGUUGUAAUGGUAAUGUUUGGAUGUAUUUUGAAGUCAUGGUUACAUGUAACAAGCAUUUUGGUAUGAUAUUGGGUAACUUUUGGUGGAUCCAUGAACACGAUAAGCAGUAG